GACCAGCCAGCCAUGCCGGAAGAAGAGGACUCAGAUCCUCCCUUGUGCCCGCAGUCGGCGGCGCCCGACGAGCACGCCUUGGUCUCGGCCCAGGCCACUGGCGCAGAGUCACCAGACGGGGAAAAGAAGAACAGCAUCUACGGGCAGUUGUUCGCGACGAAUCGGACGCGUUCGACGAUCAGCAAGGGGCAGAGGAAGUCGGAGAAAGGCGACCAGAACGGCCAAGAAGUCCGAGAUUCCUGGGCGGCCGCAGAGAUGCUGCAGCUUACGGGCGAGGACAAGAUCAUGGGGCGCUUCGACACGGUGAUCGGCGUGAUGGUGCUCCUAAACGCCUUCUCCAUGGCUGUCAACCUGGAAUGCGUGGGCGCACAGUCGGCAGUCACACUGGGCAGAACCGCUGGCUUGGGAGUGUGCGAGACCGCGCCAUUCCUCGAGUUCCUGGAGCAUUUCUUCGCCAUGGUGUUCGGGAUUGAACUUAUCUACCGCCUCUACCGGAUUCGAUGCGCAUACUUUCGCGAGCCCUGGAACUGGCUGGACUUCAUGCUGGUUGUGAUCGCCGUCUUCGACCUCUACGUCAUGGAUGCACUCCUCGCCGACACGCCCGCCCACAAUGCGACUACGCUCCGUGUCUUCCGCGUCGUGAAGCUGGCGCGGGUGUUGCGAAUUGCGAGAGCUCUACAUCUUUUUCGAGGCCUGCGCGUGCUGGUGAAGGCCUGCAGUUCCUUCCUUCCUUCACUCAGUUGGUCCAUGGCUUUGCUGGGCCUUUGCAUGCUUUCCUCCGGCCUUCUGAUCGGAAACCUGCUCCAGGACUUCAUCAUUGAUGAGUCACAGGAUGCCGACAAUCGGGACUGGAUUUGGCUCCACUACGGAACCUCUUUCCGGGCGAUCUACACCAUGUACGAAAUCACCUUCGCCGGGAAUUGGGGGAUCUACGCAAGACCUGUAAUUGAGCAUGUGAGCAAAUUCUACGCGAUCUUCUUCGUGCUGUACAUCACCUUCGUGGUCUUUGCGGUCAUUCGAGUGAUCACCGCCAUCUUUUUGCGCGAGACCCUUGAGGCUGCCAAUAACGAUGCCGAGCUCAUGGUGCAAGAAGGUCUGCGACGAAAGGCCACCUAUAUUCACAAGCUCGAGGCCAUCUUCAACGCUAUUGACGAGAGUCAGGAUGGCUUGAUCGACGAGGAUGAGCUCAACGAGUUGUUCAUGGACUCGAGGGUGACGACGUAUUUGGAGACGCUAGAGAUCGACGUGAUGCAGUCCUCCGCCCUCUUCCACUUGCUGGCUAACAGUGAUGGGCAAAUUACGUGUGCAGACUUCAUCGAUGGCAUCCUCAGAUGUAAGGGUCCGGCUCGAGCCAUCGAUCAGAUCAUGAUGGAGAAGAAUGUCAGACGGCUGGAGGAGCAGAUCAAAGCCAUGAUGGGUGCUCUUGAGACCGCGGAGAUCAUCGCCCGGCGGCCGAGCCGACCAUCACAGAACAGGCCUGCCAGGAGGAUGAUUGACGAUCAGAUCACGCUCCUGGCCACAGCCAAGGUGACGGACGUGCAGCGUUUUGCCUAA